AUGUCGGUGGUUUCAGGGCAAUUUCAAGGAAAAUUCCCAGAACAGGACGAAGAACCAAAAUCUAAGACUUAUCAAUUAAGAACCGCCGAUGAUAUGACAAUUUUCGUUGAAGAAAGAGGAGAUGUCUCGAAUCCUACGAUAAUUUUUACACAUGGAUAUUUUACAAGUAGAUUGGCGUGGGAAACAACAUUUACAUCAAAUAGACUGAAUCGUUAUCAUUUAGUAAGAUGGGAUUUACGUGGCAUGGGAGAUAGUAGCAAAGACACCGAUUUAGAUAAAUAUAACAAUCUAGAUUUGUACGCUAAUGAUGUCAAAUUAAUAGUUGAUGAUGUUUUAUUAAAAAAGGGAAAUGCGCAAAACAAUCAAAUUUUUCUAGUCACUUGGGGUACAGGAUCCAUUGCUACCUUAUCAUAUUUUAGAAAUUUCACAACUGCUGGAGUUAGUGGAUACGUUAGCGUUGCAAACAAUUUCCAAAGUUUUAAAGUGGAUAAUAUAUUUACUGAAUAUAGCAGGGUCACUAUUGGUGGUGUGGUCACUAGCGAAACAUAUAUGCUUAUCUUGGAUUCACUUAAAAAUUUAUUUAAUAGAUUUACUUCCACAACGAAUCCACUGCUUCCACCAACCCUAAGUUUCUUUAUAGGAAUUGGUGCAUAUGCUCCUACAGAGUCUCGUCUCGCUUAUGGACAGCUUGAUUAUAAUUUUACAGAAACAUUUACCAAUCUCAAAAUUCCAACCUUAAGCAUUUAUGGAGACGACGAUCAAAUUGUUAAUCCUGUUCAUAGCCGAAGCGUUGCUGCUUUACGACCUAAUGAUGUUACGCAUGAAUAUCAAGGUGUUGGGCAUGCUCCUAUGUGGGAAGUUCCUGAAAGAUUCGAAAAUGACUUAGAUAAUUGGAUCGACGAUGAAUAA